GUUGAAAUAACUUUGAAUGUAUCUUGGGAGGUAGACAAUAGCCAUGCUGUUCUAGGGGCUGUCCUCCUUAACCCGCUUGGACUCGUUGGGCCUGCUCUUAGCGCUGCGAGGGAUAUCUUCCAAGUUCUGUUUGCUCCAGCUACGAAGAUGGGUACUGGAAAGGACGACCCGAUUAAGGCGCUAGCCGACUCAUUGCGCGAGAAGAGGGGCGUUCCUUGGAGCACAGCUAAGCUAGAGGCGCCUACUGGGGAGGGUCUUCAUGUUGAAUAUUUUCGUGGCAAGGACUUUGCGCGAUACUUUCGCGCAAAUCCUGAAAAGAUAAAUGCGCAUGUCCCCCCAAGGCCGGGCAAGACAGUCGAUGACCAGAUCGGGGAGCUUUGUAUGGUUUUCCAGCGGCGCAAGCUAGUGCGCAAGGCAGACCGUAAAUACAAAAAGCCCAAACCGGGCAAGACGAGGCUGGUCAAGUACCCUCGCACCCUGGUGCCACACCCGGAUGGCAGCGGCUGGACGGAGGGCGCCUUCUACUACUGGACGUAUGACAGGCCCACCUCCAUGUGGUACUACGCAGCUACCGUGGCGCUACCCUUCCUGGUCAUCGCGUCGUGCCUGUUUCCUCUGGCGCCCUGGUGGAUGCGCAUGACGCUGGUGUACUUCCUGAUGGCGGUGCUGUCGGUGCUGCUGGGGCUCAUCGGCGUGCGCUACCUGCUGUUCGGCGCGGUGUGGAUUGCAACCGGGCACUCCUUCUGGCUCUUUCCCAACCUCAUGUCGGACCAGGUGGGCGUGCUGGACGCCUUCUCCCCGGCUCUGUCGUACGAGCGGCCCAAAAAGGGCAGUCGUACGCAGCUGCUGUCGCGGCUGGCUGCGCUGCUGCUGGUGGGCGGGGUGGUGUACAUGCUGUACCAGCACACGCCAGAUGCGGAGGCGCUCAAAGCCAGCGCCAAGGAGGCGCACGACUCCAUCCUGGACUACCUGGAUGUGUACGGCAAGGGCAAAAUGUCCAUUACCGGCAACACCACUACAGCGGGUGCGCCGGCAGGGGGUCCGGGCGGCCCAGGAAGCGGAGCGGGAGCCGGAGCAGGGGGAGCGAAGCCGGGACCGGGAGCUG